GUUUCACGCAUCGCUGCCUUGCCAGAGAGUCGCGUCACCCAGGAUGGGCCCGAGGUGUUCGAGGGCUUUCGCCGGGCCGUGACGCAGGCUGCACGAGGCCGGGAAGCGCCGCCGAAGCAGCUUCUGGGCGGAUUAGACAACAAGGAGGCGGUGCUUCGCUUUCUCAUUAGCCUCCAUGAGGCAAAGAAGAUGUAUCGCAGGCAGAUUGUGGCUGUCAUGGCCGUGCUGAUGCAUGAAAAGCCUUGGCACAGCGCGCUGUGCCAAGAUGAAGGCCUGCGCCAGCGACUUCCCAGUGAUCUCCAGGCAGCCGUGGACGAGGGCCCGGCAGACGACGAGGAAGCCGGAGAGGCUGAAGAGGCUGAGGCGGCAGAUGAACCUCAGCCCGAGGAAGCCUUGCAGACGCGUCGAUCCUCGAGGAUCGUCCGGUCCUGCGCCUCGCUGGCGGCAGCCACCGAAGCCUUACGCCGACUAGGCUUCAGUUCCAUGGACACUGAUGCUGCAAUCGAUGCCUUCACGCUGCUGAACCGCGCGGUGCUGUGGGUUGUGCAAAGCCCUGAGACAGAGGACGACGAGGUGCUCUCCCAAUUGGAGGACAAGGAGAAAGUCCUGGAGUUCCUGGCAGACUUCCACGACCGCAAGCCGAAGCACCGGGCUCGCGUGACGGGCCUCUGCGUGCGGCUCAUGGAGUUCGAGUCUUGGAGGGAGGCCGUGCUGGCAACCAGCCCAUCCGUAGCUGCGACGAUCAGCGGAAUGACUGGGCUGCCCGUGACAACGCCCCAGGCGGUUGCGGUGAAUCUCGCUACAGCCGCCGAGCUGGCAGCGUCUCGCGGUGCAGUCGGUGCCCUCUACAUCCGCAUCCUCCGGGCGAGUAAGCUGCCAGCCACCAGCGCGCAGCAUUCGGCUCCAUUUGUGCGGGUCACUGUGGCUGAGCGGUUCCAGCGCACGGAAAGCUCCGAAGAGGCGCAGAACCCUCGAUGGGAUGCCGCUCCUUUCGUCUUCGAGGUCGCCUCUAAGAGCCUGGACCUUCUGCUGGAAGUUCAGAGCUGCGACGUGACCGGAGAUGAAGCCAUCGGCUCCUACCGGGUGCCGAUUUCGGAGGUGGCCGUGGGGCCGGCGCCCAAACUGAUGAAGGUAGCCCUCGCUGGUGGUGCCGGGGGGGAGCUGGAGUACGAGGCACUCUUCCAGCCCGUCGAAGAUGGGCCAACAGCCUCGGAUGAAGGCAAGAAAGGCCACGGCGGCUACAAGCGCGGCACGCAGGGCACACAGUCGGUGGUUGCAGGUCUCACCGCGGCUAUCUGGGAUAUGGACAAGGCCCAUGUACAGGACGGCAGCAGCUGGAUCGUGUCUGGAGCUGGUCAGGGCUCAUUCCUAGUGCAGGCUCAGAAAGGCUUGGUUUGUCCAGCUGGGCAUCCCAUCGACAAGCGCAAGGAAGGUAUGUCUUGGCGCCAGAGUCUGCUCCAUGGCGACACGAGAGACUGUGACUUCUGCCAUCGUGAGAUUCACCGCGCAGAGACCCGAUGGCGCUGCUUCUACCACUGCGACUUUAACGUUUGCGACUCUUGUUACACCAAGAGAAGCUCGGAAACCGAGGCUUGA